UGGUAGCUAGGCGUCCGUGGCGGGAAGGAAAUGCGCCGGCUGGAGUAUGCUACGUCCGCAGCUCCCUCCUCCUCGCUACCGGAACUGUGGCAGCAAUCUUAGCUAACUGCUCAGUUUUUGUUUCUUUUUCCUUUCCUCCGCUCUUCCCGGAAGGUGAAAGGUCGAAUCGUGGAUAGACUCACCUCCAGGGCCGUCAUUGUUCUCCGGAUUCAUUUGUUAAAGCUCUUUUUGGGGUACGCCUGUGUGGAUGGUUAUCCCCAAAAUGAAGAGUGAGUGCUUAGGCUCUGGGUUGUAGCUCAGUGGUAGAGGGCGCUUGCCUAGCUUGCACGAAGCCCUGCAUUCAAUCCCCAGCACUGCAUAAACCAGGCGUGUCUGUACAUGCCUGUAAUCCCAGUACUGGAGGAGGAGGCUGGAAGAGCAAUAGUUCAAGAUCAUCUUCAACUACAUAGCUUACGGCCAGCCUGGACUACCCGAGACACUGGAAAGAAACUGGUUUUAAACUGUUUCUGAGUUGGUAUUUCGUGGGAAGGAGCCUCACAGAAGGCCUCUUUUUCCACCUGCAACGCAUAGAGCUUGACGGAAUCCUGAAACCCUGUUUUACCCUCCUAAGACUUCUGGAUGACCCUCACCCACAUUAAACACCCUGAAAACUUAUUUUUAUGUCUCUUAUAGAGCCUUGGCUCUGAAGCGAGCUUCUCGGGGUUAGCGGGUGCCGCAACACAGCCUCUUAAUGCAGUGUGAAUCCAGUCCAAGGGAAGAGGAGAUCCCGUCCCUCUUUUGGGGUUUGGAUCCUGUGUUUCUAGCCUUUGCAAAACUCUACAUCAGGGAUAUCCUGGAGAUGAAGGAGUCCCACCAAAUAUCAGGUAUAUAUCUUUACAACGGGCACCCAAUAAGGCGAGUGGAUAUCAUGGGAACUGUCAUUAGCGUGAGAGAAAAGGAUGCUUUCUACAGCUAUGGAGUGGAUGAUGCCACUGGGGUUAUCAACUGCACCUGCUGGAAAAAGGGGAGCAAUACUGAGUCUUCGCCAGACCCCGCUGCUCCAAGCACUGCAAGAGAGCUAAGCGUGACCUCACAGCUUAAGAAAUUGCAGGAGACCAUUGAGCAGAAAACCAAGAUAGAAAUUGGGGACGUUAUCCGCGUCAGAGGCUACGUGCACAUGUUCAGAGAAGAGCGAGAAAUCCGUGCCUCCAUGUAUUACAAGGUGGACGAUCCAGUGUGGAGCAUUCAAAUUGCAAGGAUGCUUGAGCUGCCCGCGCUCUAUGAGAGAGUAUAUGACCAGCCGUUCCGCAGCCCAGCCCUGAAGGACAAAGAGGCACCGAGCAAUACAGACACUUUGGAUCUCGCCGGCCUCACCUCUUUGUUGAGUGAGAAAAUCAAAGAAUUCCUCCAGGAUAAGAAAGUGCAGACCUUCUACCAGCAGGAACUGGAAAUGGUGGAGUCUUUGCAGUCUCUGGCCAGCCAGCCUGUGCUUCACAGCGCCUGCUCAGACCAGGUGGAAUCCAAGAACAGCACCACUUCCGACACAGUUCACAGUGUGUUUAAGAAUGCUAUACAGCUGCUGCGGGAAAAGGGACUCCUGUUCCAGAAAGAUGGUGGCGGUGAUAAGCUGUACUACGUGACCAACAAGAACAAAGAACUGCACCAAAAGAUCUACCAGAUCAUCAAGGAAGAGUGCCAGAAACCAACCCAUGUGGAGAAGGGCUGCCACGUGAUGCACAUCCUGAGCUGCGUGCGCCUGAACCUCCGCUGGGACCUGAACAAGGCUGUGCUGCAGCAGGUGCUGGAGUUCCUGGAGGACCAGAGUGACAUCGUGAGCACUGGCGCUCACUACUAUACUGCCUUCUGAGCAGAACUGCGGACCAAAGCCAGACCGCUUUACCCAGGUUCUACUCACCGGCACUGUACAGGGACUUACGUGUAUAUAUUUAACCUCAUAAUAAAUUCUAUUGUAGUCACUGGGAAAA